AUGAGUGCGCUCUCGCAGGCCGAAGAGGCGCAACUGAAGGCGCAGCUGCAGGAUGCCGUAGUGUCUUGUACCGAGCGCUGCCUCUAUAAUUCUGCGAAAUGGGCUGCAGAACUGCUCAACUCGCUUCCAACCUCCCACGACGGUGGCUCAGAUACCGAUAUCGACUCGCCCAUGUCUGGCCACACACCGCCGCAGACACCGAACACAAUCACUAAAGAUGCUACUGAGCAGCGACUAGAAGCGCGAGAAGCACACAAGUUCCUCCUCGCAAAGACAUACUUCGACUGCCGCGAAUACGACCGAUGCGCCGCCGUCUUCCUCCCAGGUCCACUGCCCAAGGGCGCUGUCCAUGCGACCUACUCGCCCGUUGCGGAAACGAAGCGCGCGCCGAAGGGUAAGGCGCGGGCCAGCACAUCGACCGCCUCAUCCUCGACCGCCGACAUUGUAGCAGGGCUGAGUCAGAAGUCGCUCUUCCUUGCGCUAUACGCCAAAUACAUUGUCGGCGAGAGGCGCAUGAAUGAAGACAGUGAGAUGAUUCUGGGUCCACAAGAUGGCGGUGUCAUGCUCAACAAAGAGCUGCCUGGUAUAUCCACUGUCCUUGAACAGUGGUUCGCCGCCCUCCCUAGCAGUGGUCGGCAGCCCCAUGGAUGGCUGGAGUACCUCUACGGCAUUGUGCUCGCCAGGGGGAAGAACGAGAAGCUCGCAAUCGACUUCCUUCUACAGAGUGUGCAGCAGUAUCCGUAUAAUUGGGGCGCAUGGCAGGAACUCACGUCCCUGCUUGGCACGAACGAAGAGCUUCAAGAUCUUGCCCAACAACUGCCGCGCAACCUGAUGUCCUUCAUCUUCCACGUCACCACUUCGCAGGAGCUGUACCAGGUCAGCGAGUCGGUACAUAACUCUCUCACACAGAUCAUGUCUAUCUUCCCAACAUCAGCCUUCCUGAAGACACAGCGUGCCCUACUUCAUUACCACAGCAAAGACUUUGACGAGGCCGAGCACAUUUUCUCAGAUCUGCUCGUCACUGACCCACACCGUCUCGACCAUCUCGAUCACUACUCUAACAUCUUAUAUGUUAUGGAGAUGAGGCCGAAACUUGCAUUCCUGGCGCAGUUAGCAUCAGCGACAGACAAGUUUCGGCCGGAGACGUGUUGUGUAGUUGGCAACUACUACUCAGUGAAGUCAGAGCACGAGAAAGCCGUCAUGUACUUCCGCCGCGCCCUCACACUAGACCGUGCCUUCCUCUCCGCCUGGACACUGAUGGGCCACGAAUUUGUCGAAAUGAAGAACACCCACGCCGCCAUCGAAUCCUACCGACGUGCCGUUGACGUAAAUCGGAAGGAUUACCGCGCUUGGUACGGUCUGGGACAGACGUAUGAGGUGCUGGAAAUGCAUUCGUACGCUCUUUUCUACCACCAACGCGCUGCUGCUUUACGGCCAUACGACCCCAAGCUAUGGAUGGCAGUUGGUCAGUGUUUUGGGAGGGUGGGCAAGGUCAUGAACGGUAUCCGCGCCUACAAGCGCGCGCUGGUGGCAGGCUCAUACUACGAUGCUGGUGCAGGUUCAUCAUUCGGCAGCGGCGAAGCAGCGUUAGGCGGCGGCAUACUCGAUCCAGAGGUCCUCUACCAGAUCGCGCUUCUUUACGAGCGCAUUCGCAACAUGGCCGAAUGCUCUGCAUAUAUGGAGCUUGUUCUCGCUCAGGAAGAGGGACCUGAGGUUGACGAGGUAGGCCCUGAUGGCGGGGGAGGCGUGGGUGUCACACCAACAACGAGCAAAGCAAGGCUAUGGUUGGCGCGAUACGAGUAUCAACGCGGCAUGUAUCAGAGGGCGAGUGAGCUGGCGAACGAGUUAUGUCAGGACAACUUCGAGGUCGAAGAUGCGAAGGCGUUGAUUCGCGACGUAAGAGCAAGACAGGAAGCGAACUGAACAUGGCAUGGUUCCUUGUAGCAGAGGCGUUUAGUGACGUGUAGGUUAUGAUACCCAACUUUCAC